AUGAAAUAAUUUAUUACCUUUAUCAAUAUUCCUGAAGUGCGUGGAAAAAUUCCAAAAUGUCAAAUUUGUUAGAAAAGUUUCAGUUUUACAACUAGAGAACAUCAAUGUAAAAGGUAAGAAUAAAACAUAAUGCAGAUGUUUAAGAGCUGUAUGUGAGGGAUGUUCUCCAUUCAAGAUUAACCAUAUUAAAAAAGAUGGUAAAGAAUCCACAAAACCACAUAGAAUGUGUAAAAUCUGUAAAGAGGUAUAUGGAAGUCUAAUUCAAGGAAUCAGAGUAAAUAAAGAAUUUUGUGGAGUAGAAUCAUAUUGCUUAUGGAGUUGACACUUUAUCAAAAUAAUGGUUGGGAGGUACUCUAAGUUAACAAGAUUAUAAGAAUGCUCGUGAGAGCACUAAAAUAAGAUUUGAUAAAACAGAAAUAAGUGGUUUUGACAAUAUUAACUAUUCUUUAAAAGAAUUUUAUUAUCUUGUAGGCAAAGACAAUUAAAAAUUAUAGAAUGUUUGUUUAACAUUUUGUUCAAAGAAUCCAGAAGUGUAAUUUUCAGCAGAAUUAGUAUGUUUAGCCAAUUUUCUAUUAUGUUUUUCAUCAGAAGCAUCAACUUAUCAAUUAUUAACCAUAAUAUACAAAUAAAAACCCCCUGAUGAAUGCAUAGUAAGUAUAUUAACUUAUUGUGUAAAAGGAUAUGGUCUAGGAGAGGAUGAAAAAUAAUUGUUAAAAUAAUUCUUAUAAAGUAGAUUAAAGAGAUAUUUAAUAACAUAUUCAAUAAACUUGUUUAAUUUCGAUACUACUCUAUUUCUAAUAACAUAAUUAAUUAAAAAAUAUGAUUCAUUUAUUAAAGGACUAUCUGCAAUAUUUAUAUUGGCUAGUACUCAAUUAAAGAAUACUAAUCAUGAAGAUCUUGAAUUAUGGAUAUUAAGGAAUAUAAGAAGAAAAGAUGCUGAAAAUAAAUUAAAUACUAUGCAAAUGCCUACACCUAAAUAAGAAAUAGAGAGUAGAGAUACAUCUUAAUCAGUUAGAAGUAUUGCAUUUUCAAUGAUUGAAUAAUAAGAUUAAUCUUAAAAUAAUGAAUUAAAAGCUGAAAUAUCUAAUUUAAAAUUACAACUUGCAUUAAAAGAUAAUGAAAUUGAAAGUUAUAAAUUUUAAUUAUAACAAAUGUAAUCUCCAGAUGACUCAAAAAAAGAUAAAUAUAUCUAAUAAAAAAAUGAUGAAAUUGCUAUUCUAUUAGCUAGAGUUGAUGCUUUAACUUUAGAAAAUAAAUAGUUAUCUAAGAAAGAAUCUAGUUAUUUAAAUUAAAAUUCAUUAUAAGCAGAAUAAUAAAAAAUUAUUUAAGAAUAACAAUAAUAGAUUGAACGUUUAAAGACAAAAUUAAAAGAUACUACAUUUGAAAAUAGAGCAAUGUCAAUGUCAUUAGCUACUAGUGCAUAAAGUAUUAUGUCUGGCAAAGAAGUAUAAAAUUUAAAAUAAUAACAUGAAAACGAAAAAUAAUAAUUAUUUGAUUAAAUUCAUUCUUUAGAGUAAAAUAAAGCAUAACUUCAACGUAUUAUAGAUUCAUAAAAAUAAUUGAAUUAAAGAGUAGUUGAUUAUAUAAGCUCUAUGACCAUUAAUACUAAUGUUAUAGAAUUGUCAAUCAAACCUCCUUUAGAGAGAAGUACUAAAAACGAUAAUGAAGACUAUAAGUUUGUUAUUGAUACUAAAAAUCAACAAAAUCAAUUAUUGAAAUAAUUGCUUAUGGCAAAUCAGUAAUAAAUACAAGAACUUAAUAGUAAGCUAAAGGAUAUUAAAUAAAUGAUUUAUUCAUAAUGAAAUUAUAUAAUAUUAAUGAAAAAGAAGGAAUAAAUCAAUCAAAUUGUCAAUUCUCUCAAAUAUAAAUUCUUCAAGUAAUCCUGUGUCUAUAUAGAGUUGUUUACCUUAUAUUGAAAACAUGGUCAGAUUAUAGAUGGCUAACAAUUCUAUUGUGCUUGAUUUAAUAUCUACAAUAUACUUAUUUAAAUUUUGGACUCAAAGUUUAAUAUGUAUGGUAAAAUAAAGCCUAUAGUGACUUGAUUAAUCUAUUAAUAAAGUAUAAUUUUAGUUUAUUUAGAUAUUUUACAAUAACAAUAUCUGUCAAGAAUAUUGGAAUCCAAAAUUAUUUGUCAGUGUUUUAUAUUUGUUUUGGUUUAAUUGUUCUGAGCAUCUUAUUAAUCAUGCUUCUAGCAUUUGUUAUCAAGAAUUAAAAAUUAUAAAAACCACCUUUGUUAUUACUCAAAUUCAUACUGAAAAUUAUUCUUACAAUAGGUUUUUGGCCAAUAGUGAGAAUGUAAUUUGGUUUAUUAGCAUGUGAAUAUAAUAAAUAAGGAAUAUAUUUAAUGAUGUUUGAGUAAUCAUAAGAAUGUUGGACUUCAGAAUAUUAUAUUCAUGCUGUUGUAGCCAUAAUAGGUUUAAUUGUCACAUUAUUGUUUUCUGUUUUUAUGGCUUUUAUAACAUAUGAAUCUAGAAACACUAAUUAAGAUGCUAGUGCUAUGAGAAAUGGUAGAUCAUAUAGUAUAUUACUUGUAUAUAUAUUUGUAUAAAUUAUGGUUUAUCAAUUAUUACCUACACCUGAAUAUACUAUAAUCAUAAUUUUUGUAUUCCUUAUUGGUAGUUCUUAUAUAUUUAUAAGUACUCACCUUGAAUAACCUUAUUAUGAUAAUGUAAUACAGAAAAUAUGGUCUAUUUCAUCUGCUGUAAAUUUGUGGACUAUUAUAAUGAUGUUUUAUUCCUAUAAAUUUGAUGGUUAAACAUUUUAAAAGACUGUAUAAGCAUGGUUAAUAGGAAUUCCAUUAAUUAUUGGUAUUUUGGCAUUUAGAUAAUAAAAAACUGUAGAUCUAUUUGUAGCCAAUUUAAAAAAGUUUAAAAAUGGAAUGUAAAUCAUCCUUUUAUGUGAAUAUCUAGUAUUUCUUAUGAAAAGAUCAGAAAAAUGUUAAAGAGCUCAAUUACUACUUGAUAGUUUUAUUGAAUUACAUAAGGAAAUUUGUGAUCGACCUGAUUGUAGUGUAAAAUAAAAGAUUGAAUUAGCUAAUAAAUUCAAAGAAAAUCCAAUUUAUACUGAUAGAAAUCAUAUUAUUAUUGAAUUGAUUAUUCAAAUAUAUCAUGAAGGAAUAAAGAAAUUUCCAGAUGACACUCCUUUAAGAUUAAGUUAUAUCUAUUUCCUCUUUAAUUAAUAAAGAUCAUAUUCUAUAAUAAUGAUAGAAUUAAAUCAAGCAAUGGAUUUUAAACCUACUUUAGAUUAUGAGUUCCAUAUUUUCAGAUAUAAAACUAUUAUUGAAGAAGAAUCAGAAAAAAAUGCUGAAUUAUUUGAUACAGCAAAUUAAUUAAAUUAAACAAAAGAAUUUAUUGAACAUUUAGAAAUAGUUACUUUGAAAGUUGUUGAAUUUUGGAAUGCUUUAUCAGAAGAAGUUCCAGAUAUGAGUAAAUUAAUGGUUUAUGGAUUUAAAAUUAUUAAAUUAUAAGAAGAAAUUGAUUAUAAAUGGAAUAAACUUUAAGACAAUAAAUCUUUAAAACUUUAUAAUUAUUUAUCUAAAUUUUAUUAAUUAGUAUUAGAUGAUUAAGAAUAAGCAGAUAAUUAUUAAUAAUUAUAUUUGACUCUUUAAAAAACUAAAUAACAAGAAUUAAGUGAAUUGGAGGAAAUUUGUAAUUAAUCUACUCCAACAUUAGUAGCUUCAGCAUAAUUUUAAAAAGUUAAUAUUUAUGCAGUUAAUAAGUCUUUUUGUAGUUUGUUAGGAUUUUCAAAAGCAGAUUUAAUUGAUAGAUCUAUUAAUUAAAUAAUUCCAAAUAUGUAUGAUAUUAUUUAAAUUUUAGUUUUAUUGAAAAGCAUGAUUAAUGCCUAGAGCUAUUUAUAGAGAAUAAGGCAAGAUACUCUAACGAUUUUAUUACAUAAAGUGUAUAUUUAUUAACAAAGAGUAAUUAUAUUUUACCUAUAUUUUCUACUGUAAAAUUAUUGUAAGCUCAAAAUAAUUAAUUAUUUUUUAUAGCUUAAUAUUAAUAAUCAUUUAGUCCUAAAUAAUUAUGUUAUUUAUUAUUAGACAUAAAAGGUUAUAUUGAACACAUUUCUAGUUCAUGUAUAUCAUACUUAAGAUUAGAUAUACAAAGAAUUAAAAUGAGAAAAAUUAAUAUCAAAGAAUUAUUUCCUGAUUUUCAUUAAAGAAAAGAUGAAUUUUUAUCUAAAAGUGGAGCUAAAUUAUAUCUAAAGUCUCAUGGAAUGAAAUAUAGUACUAAAACUGUAGAUACAACUUUAAGUUGUUAUGAUUAAAUAGAAUUUCAAUGUUAUUUGUCUUAUAUAUAAUUUCCAUGUUUAAAAGAUAGUAAAAAAUAUGGAAUGGCCAUUAAAUUAGAAUAACUUAAGAUUAAUAUUGUGGAAUCUCCAUGUAUGAAUUUGCUUCCUAUUUAAUAAAAAAGAACUAAAUUUCCUGUUUUUCAAUAUAUUCCACCAACUGUUUAUUAUAUGGAUUAUAUGAGUUUGACUUAGAUUGAGGAAUCAAUUAAUAAUAGUCAUAUUGAAGAAAAUGCAUCAAAAAUAUCAAAGAUUGCUGAUUAUUUUUUAAUGGCAAAGAAAAUGACAUAAUCUAUAAAACAUGUUGUAAAUUAUGAGGAUGGUAUUAAAACAAAAAGAUUAUGGGAUAAUUAAAUAAUAGACAUAUAAGAUGAUAAUUAAGAUUCAGAAGAAAUAGAAGAAGAUGAUAAUGAAUAAAUGAAAAAAUCAUAAAAAUAAGAAAAAGAAAUUGAAAUCUAAGAAUUUUAACAUUAUUUCAAAUUAUUUUAAUCUAAAUCAUCUAUCAAAAUGCUUUUAAUUAAUUCAAAUAUUCCAAAGACUUUAAAAUUAACUAAUCUAUUUAUUUAAAUCUCUUUAUUCAUACUUUAUACAUCUGGAUUAAUUGUUUUUACAUUUAAUUUGAAUGAUGACACUAAAGUUUCAAGUAUGAUCUUCAAUUUAAGUUUAACUAACAAACGUUUAUCUAGUUGUUUAAUGAUUAAUGCUGUCUUAUAAGAUCUAAAAUUAAUUAGAUUUGGUAAAAUUAGUAAUAUGAGAAUGGAUCUUGAUGAAUUUUUUACUUAUAAUUUAAAAUUAUUAGAUUAGGAAAUAGAUGAACUUAUUUCAAUUCAUUCAUAAUUAAGUAUCAUUGAUACAUAUAUAAAUGAUGAAUAUCAAAUCUAUGAAACAAUCUAUUUCACUUAAAAUGUAAAACUGUUUUCAUCAGAUGGAACCAGUUAGAAUUAUACUUACAAAGAAGCAAUAGAUUAACUUAUAGCUAAAGCAAUCUAAUUGAAUUAAAAUUAAAUUUCCUUAUUUGAUGAUUCAAAUGUUGACUACUUUUACUACAAUUACAAUAUUUUAAAUUCAGUAAUUCAAAGUUAAUAAAUUCCAUUGAAUUAUUUAUAUUAUUCAAUUAAAUCAGUAGCUGAAAAUUCACUUGAUAAUAAAAUAGCCUUUUUAAUAUUACAAACAUUUAUUUAAUUUAUUACAUAUCUUUUAAUAGCAAUUUAUUUGAUUCAUUUUAGUAGAUAACUUCAAUAAAUAUAUUUAUUUUAUUUUGAAAUUAAUGAAUAAAAUAUUCAGAAAGUAAUCUAAAAUUGUGAAAAAUUCUUAUCAAUUUUAAAUGUUGGAGAUGAUGAAGUGGUAUUAUAUCUAAUCUUUAAUUUAGGAUGAGGAAUACGAGGAAAAUUUAUAACAUCAUAAUCAUGAAAAAGAAGAAAUAAAAAUGUUGAAUAAGAAAACUAAAAAAGUUUGGAAAAAUAGUAAUACAAAAUUUAAGAAAUUGAUGGUAACAGCAUUCUUUAUUUUUUUAAAUCUACAAAUAUACUUUGUAUAUCAAUAUUACUCAGCCCAAUAAGUUGUUGAAGAUACAUAUUAUUUAUGUCCCAUUUUGAAUACUACAUCUCUAUUAGAAUCAUAAUAUCGUAUAGGAGAUAAUGCUAUUAGAGAAUAUAUUUUGAAUCCCAAUUAGAAUAUAUUUAGUACAUCUCCUUAAACAUUUAUUUAAUCUUAUUUAGUUAGGUUAUAGGAUGUAAAUGCAGAAAUGCAAACUAAAUUUACUCAAAAUGUUGAUUUAUUUUAACAAGAUUUUAUUAAUGUAUUUCAAUAAUUAUACAUUUAAAACCCUUGUCCACUUUUAGGAUAGUUAUAAAAUUUUAUUAAUGAAGAUUAUUGCAAUACUGUAUUAGAUGGUACAGUUUCUGAGGGAUUAUCAAUUGGUUUAACUAAAUUUUAUGAAAAUCUAAGAAUUUUAUUAAUAGAUUAUGAAUUGUAAAGAUAAUAAAAUUAAACAGAAAUAUAAAAUUAACAUUAUGGAAUAUUAUUACUUAGUACUAAUUUUAGUUUAGAGAUAAGAGUUAUGUAAAAGAUUAUCAUUAGAUACACUUAAAGAUAUUUGAUUGAAAAGUUAGAAAAAAGUAUUAGUGAUUCUUUCAAUAAUUUAUCAAUUACUAGAGGGACUCUUUUUAUUUGUUUCACAUUUUAUAUUUUUAUAAUUUCAUUUUUUUUAUGGAUUCCUAGUAAUACAUCAUUGAUUAAAUCUAUGCAAAAAAGUAGAACUCUUUUGUUGCUUAUGCCUAUGCAAAUAUUAACAAAGUAAUAUUAUAAUUUAUAGAUAUUAUAGUUCAACUCCAAUUAGAAGAUACUUAAGAGCUGUACUAAAAAAUUGA